UCUCCUUUGACCCGCAAGAUCACCACGAACGAUCUCCGCAUCAUCCGCGUCCUUGGGAACGGCGGCCAAGGGUUCGUCAUGUUGGUUCAAGACCGAGCGACGGAGAACCUGCUGGCUCUCAAGUCGGUCGCCAAGCACUCCGUGCCGCUGGAGGACGACGCCCGGAUAUUCGAGGAGCAAGAUGUCCUUCGGCGACUCGCGGGGAACUCGCGUUUCCUCGACUUGCAGGCGAGCUUCGAGAACUCGGACUACUUCUGCUUCCUCACGGACUACUAUCCAGGAGGGGACAUGAAGGACUUCCUCGCGCUCCGCGGGAAGCUUCCCGAACACGAAGCCCGCGAUUAUUACGCUCAGCUGCUUCUCGCGCUGCAAGAGCUGCACUCUCGUCGGAUCAUCCACCGCGACAUCAAGCCCGAGAACGUCCUCAUCGCCGCCGACGGCCGCCUCGUCCUCGCUGACUUCGGUAUGGCUCGCGCUUUCGGCCGCACCGCAGACCAGCAGCCGACGAUGUUCGCCAACGGGGCGCCCGCGGCUGAAAUCGACAAGACGGAGUCGGGAUGCGGGACGGCGCGCUACAUGGCCCCGGAGCAGUUCGAUCCGGGGUGCUACUCGUACGGCGUGGACACAUGGGCGCUGGGGGUUAUGCUGUACGAGAUGCUACACGGCGAGCUGCCAUUCAAAAUGACCGCCUGCUCUGAAGCGUGGAAAAUCGUCGAUUACGUGCUGGAUGGGAAGCUGGAGGUUGACGACAGUCUUAGCGACGAGGCGUACGAUCUCGUCUGCACGGUGCUUGCGAAGGACCCUCUGAAGCGUCCGACCUGCGAUGAGAUCAUCGCGCACGCCUGGUUCGACGGACAGUAA